UAUAAUACAUUCCUUCCAGAAAUAGAAUCCACUCAGUCAAUCCUGCCCUGCCCGCACCAUCUUCUCCAUCUCUCUUAGCUUUGUUUUCUCCGAUCCGAUCCGAUCCAUGGCCUUGGUGCCUCGCCCGGUGGUCUGUGAGUUGAAGUCGCAGGCACCGCCGCGUCUGCUCCAGAAGGCGGAAGCGGCUUCCGUUCCCAAUUAUAAUAAUAAGGUGAGAGUGGCGGUGGAGGGGAAAAUUGUGUUACAGCCACGGAUGUGUACUUUGAGAUCGUUUGGGUCUGAUCCCGUCGGAGUCAUCAAGACCAAGACCGGUUCCGUGGCCGCCGGAGACGACGACGAGGAGGUCUCCCCGUUUUUCGCAACGCUGUCGGAUUACAUAGAGAGCUCCAAGAAAAGCCAGGAUUUUGAGAUCAUUUCCGGCCGUCUCGCCAUGAUAGUGUUUGCAGCGACGGUGACGACGGAGGUUGUGACCGGAAAUUCAUUGUUCCGGAAGAUGGAGUUACAGGGGAUCGCUGAAGCCGCGGGGGUUUGCUUAGGAGCCGUGAGUUGUGCCGCCAUUUUUGCCUGGUUUUCCAGCGCCCGUAGCAGAGUGGACCGGAUCUUCUCGCUGGGCUGCAACACCCUCAUCGAUUCGCUCAUCGAUCAGAUCGUCGACGGUAUCUUCUACGACACCGAUCACAAUGAUUGGACUGACGAAAUCUGAAAACUUCAAACAAAAUUUACCAGUCUCCGGUGAUAGCUGCGCGCGCUGCGCUACGGUGUUCCUUCAUCACCCAAUUCAAAACCUCUUUUGAUAUGAUGGAUGGAUUCCAUCCUCACCCAAAGCCCCCGUAAACUAAAGCUGUAUGUAUGUUUGGCGUAAAAUUUUGCUAUUAAUUAUACAAAUAGAAGCUUAUAGUACUCCUGCAUGCUUU